UUAGCAAGCAACAGGAAAACCGCUAAGAGAACACAUUCCAGCCGGAGCACACUCUCUUUGGGACAAUAAGGGGUGGGACAAGUGUGUAUACUAUUUAAAAAUCUCUAAUCUUGCCUUUUAAUCAGCGGCGUAGACGACAACUAAAACUGUUUUUACUUAAUGGAAAAGGGGCCGCAGUGAGCUGUCUGUUUUGAAGUUGUCAAAGCGGAAGGAGCCUGGUUCCAAACCCACGACUGCGUUCACGUUGUCGGUUUAUCUGCACAGAUUUGGACCGAGAUGAGAUAGACAAGGGCUCGCUUUUUGUCGUCCGGUCUCAGCUCAGACUGUUACAACAUCAUUUUCAUUUUCUCACGCGUUGUUUGAGCUCUUUCUUGUUUGUUUGUUGGUAAGUGUGGAAUUAUAAUUUUUAUCAUUUUUUUAAACCUCGAAAGAAAAGAGACGUUUUCUCAGAAGCUGUUCGUCCUUGAGGCAGGAGAGGAUGUGAAUCCUCCCUGGGUGGCACAUCUGCCGCGGAGCCAUUCGCAUAAAAAGACCUGCUCUAGUCUUAGAAUGAUACCAGCUGUGUUAUAAACGCUCGUUUUUUUGGCCACUGAGAAAUACUUGAAGUCAUCUCUGAUAUGGAAGACGUGUGGCGCUUGCAUCUGUCAAGUUAAACGGUGAGCUACAAACAGAGAUGGGAAGCUCUGGUCUGCUUACAGUUGUGCUAUCUGCAGCUUUUCUUUGGAUUUCUAUCAUUCAUGCUGACAACCAUGUUGACAAAAAUGGUGAGAUGCUGCUGUGUAUCUGCGAGAAUGACAAAGACACAUGCGACAAUGGAACUUGCAAAGGAGACUACUGUUUCUAUUCCCGGUUGUUCGACUACGAGGAGAAGGGAUGUUUCUUUGAACAAAACAAAAAAGAGCAGUGCUCAAGCUCCAUGAACAAUCUUUUUGUCCUCUGCUGCACAAGCAACAAGUGCAACGCCUUCAUCACCCCACCUCCAAAUAUUAAUGGAGAGCCAUCAACAACAUCUCCAGAACUCCCACGUCCAGAGCUGUGGAUCUCUGUGUCUUUGCUACUCUUACUCACUACUGUGUGUGUGUGUGGCUUGAUGCUAUUCCUGCGCUUCCGACAUGCACCCUGCAGACUUAAAGACCCGGAAGACCAUGACGCCGCUAUGGUCAAGGUCCCCAAUGGAGAUGACCCCACUUAUGGAGAUAUUUUUGAUGAGUUUUGCACAUCAGGGAGUGGGACAGGGCUUCCAUAUCUGGUCCAGAGGACGAUGGCUAGACAAAUCUCACUUGUUGAGUGUGUUGGUAAAGGCAGGUAUGGAGAGGUGUGGAGGGGAACAUGGAUGGGGGAAAGUGUAGCUGUCAAGAUUUUCUCCUCCAGGGACGAGCAGUCCUGGUUCAGAGAGACUGAGAUCUACAAUACUGUGCAGUUGCGCCAUGACAACAUACUGGGUUUUAUAGCCUCUGACAUGACAUCCAAGAAUUCCAGCACUCAGCUGUGGCUUGUCACCCACUUUCAUGAGCUGGGUUCGCUCUAUGAUUUCCUGCAAUACAGCAGCCUGGAGCCAGAGAGCUGCUUGAGGAUGUGUCUGUCGGUGGCCUGUGGUCUGGUCCACCUCCACACUGAAAUUGUCAGCUCCCAGGAAAAGCCAGCAAUCGCCCAUCGAGACCUGAAAAGCAGAAACAUCCUGGUGAAGCGUAACGGGCAGUGCUGCAUUGCUGAUCUGGGCUUGGCUGUGAUCCACUCUCAGUCUCAUGACUACCUGGAUGUGGGCAACAACCCUCGUGUGGGGACCAAGCGCUACAUGGCCCCCGAGGUCCUGGAUGAGACUAUUCGUGUAGAAGUCUUUGAAUCUUAUAAGCACACGGACAUCUGGGCACUUGGUCUGGUUUUCUGGGAAAUAACCCGCAGGACUAUUGUCAAUGGGAUUGUAGAAGAGUACCGUCCUCCUUUUUUUGACCUUGUUCCCACAGAUCCCAGCUUUGAGGAAAUGAAGAAGGUGGUGUGUGUGGACCAGCAGAGGCCCAGUCUGCACAACAGGCUCCACUCCCACCCAAUCCUGUCAACUAUUGUUAAGAUCAUGAAGGAGUGUUGGUACCAGAACCCAACAGCCCGGCUCACAGCCUUGCGAGUGAGGAAAACUCUCUCCAAACUGGACGUUGACAAUGACUUCAGUGUUGAGAAGCUCAAGCGGGACACCUAGACCAGACCAUCGAGGCGAAGCAAAGACAAAACACCAAAAACAGAGAUUUACAUACUGUUAGCAUAUUUGGAGCUAAUGACAUCAUCUUCAUAUAAAAACCAUUAUUUAAAGAAUCUGGAUUUUUUUUUUUUUUUUUUUUUUUUCUGUAUAAAAAAUUUAGUUUGUCAAAGACAGAGAUUUUGCACCACCUCCCAGCAGAACAAAUUGCAUGUUGUUAGCAUAUUUGGAGCUAAUGACAGCAUUUUUCCAGUACCUCCAGCAUGAGUCAAAAUCAGUUAUACAGGCUGUGUUUCUUACUCAUUUUUAGGAUAAAAACCUAGUCAUCAUAGCCAAAUGGAAAAUCUAUGAUAGCACAAUUACUCACACCCUUAUCAGGAACAUUUUCAUUUAUAAUAUGGGUUUUCCAACCAUGAUUAAAACCACUUAAAGAUACAUAAAGCAAACGUAAUAUUUUUACAACAAAGCACAUUACAUGUUCUGUAAGCAUAUUUAAAUUGAGUAGAAUGAACAUUUAUUAUCUUCAGCACAGACUGUACAUAUUCUAACAGCAUUGACGCUGUAUGGGUUCAGUGCUUGUUUACAAUAUGGAUUAUUGUAAAUAUUUUUAAGAGGGUUAAUGUUAUUAUUGUCUAUUAUUCAACCAAAAAACACUUUUUAUAUACUUUUUAUCACACACCUUUUCAAAUUAUUUUUUUACAGCUCUGUAUGACUAAAAUAUAAGUCUACAAUCACUAUGAUCAGUAAUGCAGCUCACAGAGAGACAUGUAAUACUGUAUAUCUUGAAUAAAGGACUGUAUUUUUCAAAUUGUUGUGCUCUGCUGUAGGGUUAUAUUUUUGUUUUUGUUUUUUCUUGACCUGUAAUUAUUGCAAAAAAUAAAAAAAAUAAACUGCCUUGACCAGCAGCGGUCA